AUGUCACACCAGUUCCACGUCGCCGGCGCGAGCCACGCCCUGCUCGACCCGUGGUCUAACGGCCUCGGGAUCAUGAAGGACGUUCUCACCCGCUGGUCCGAGCUCGACAUCACCCAGAUCGGCUCCCUCAUCGCCAUUGCCGGCACCCUCCCCGCCGCCUGGCGCCUCCUGCAGCACGCCUGGCGCGAGGCCUCUGCCUGCGUCGCCCGCUUCUUCCUGGCCUCCGUGACCAUCCCCGGCGGCGACCCCGUCAACCGGAGCGUCGUGAAAUGGGUCCUCGCCAACAGGCCCCGGCACUACCGCUCCUUCACCGGCCGCACCGAGGUCGGACGCGCCACCUCGGACCGCGCCGCCGCUCUCAAAAAGACCCGCCACGCCGUCCAGUACUGCCCGCACUGGACCUCGCGGUGGCUCUGGUUCGCCGGCGGUUUCCUCGUCGUCACCCGCGCCGUCGGGGACUUUGGCUCCGCCCUCUCGGAUCCCAGCUACGACGGCAUCGGCGGCGAGGACCUGACCAUCAGCUGCCUCGGCUGGUCAGCGGAACCCGUGCGGUCCUUCAUCGAGACCUGCCGCGAGUACGCCGACCGGCAGACGCAGUACUUCGUCCUCAUCUACUCGCGCGACCGCUACGGCAUGUCGUGGAAGCCCAAGGCCCGCAAGCCCCUCCGCCACCUCGACACCGUCCACUUCGACCACGCCGUCAAGCGGGAGCUGCUGGCCGACAUCCGCAACUACCUCGACCCCACGACCCAGAUGCGCUACCAGAGCCGCAGCAUGCCGUACCGCAGGGGUUACCUCUUCUACGGCCCGCCCGGCACCGGCAAGUCGUCCCUGUCCGUGGCCAUCGCCGGCGAGUUCGGCCUAGAUCUGUACGAGGUCAAGGUCCCCAGCGUUGCCACCGACGCCGACCUCGAGCAGAUGUUCCAGGAGAUCCCGCCGCGCUGCGUCGUCCUACUCGAGGAUAUUGACGCCGUCUGGGUCGAGCGCUCCACCACCUCGUCGUCCUCGUCGUCGUCCAACAACCACUACCACGAAAGGAACGGCAACGGCAGGGCGCACUCGCCCGAGGGCAGUAACGUGCCCAACUGCACCCUCUCCGGCCUGCUCAACGUCCUCGACGGCGUCGGCUCCCAGGAGGGCCGCAUCGUCAUCAUGACCACCAACCGCCCCGAGCAGCUCGACGGCGCCCUCGUCCGCCCGGGCCGCGUCGACAUGAAGGUCCUCCUCGGCAACAUCAGCCGGCGGUCGGCCGAGGACAUGUUUGUGCGCAUGUUCUCGCCCGAUCUCGGGUGCACGGCGCACCUCGACAUGGACGAGAUCCGGCGGCUCGCGGCGCGCUUCUCGAGCCAGAUCCCCGAGGACGCCUUCACGCCCUCGCAGCUGCAGGGUUUCUUCCAGGUGCACCUCGAGAGCCCGUACGACGCGGUGGAGUCCGUCGGCGUCUGGGUCGAGAGGGAGCUGGCGAGGACCCAGUACAAGGGGUUCGAGUUAGUCGCUGCCAACGGAACGGCCUAA